GGCUGCGGGUCCAGAGUGAGGGGCACUGGCGAAGCUGGGGGGGCAGGGGCUGCGAGUGGCGAGUGAGGAGAUGCUGGGCAGGAGACUCCACUGGUGUCUGGGGCUUUUGGAGACGCUGAAGAUGCUUCCCAGGCGAGCACCACCUGGCUGUGGUGCGGCUGUGGGGCCCUGCAGACCAGAUGCUGUGGACAGGCGCUGUGCCUGAGCGCAGGGGAGCAGGAGCCCAGGUGCAGGCAGGGGGAGGCGUCUCCUGGAGGAGACUGUGGCUGUGCUGGAGCCGGUGGCAGCUGUGGCCCUUCCCUUCGCAGCCUUGCUGCAGCCUGAGGUCACAGUGAGUGUGAAGGUUGAGGAGGUGCCCUCAGACAAGAUGCAGCCCACUGGGGCACUGCAGGACCCUGGUGACUGCUGGCUGGAGCAGCCAAAGGCCCAUUACACCAACAGGUCUCUGGGGGAGGCAGGACAGAGGGCACCUGGGGACAAGCCACCUCAUGUCCCCGAAGAGCCCCCGCCCCACCAGGAGUCAGAUUCCCCUGAAACUGAAGAGACCUGGGAGUUGUUGGCAGAAAGAAGCUUGUCAGGCUGGUGCCCCAAACAAGAACCUUCCCAAGGAGCAGGUGCUGGGACUCUAAGCAGAGCUGAGCAGCAGCUUCCUGAGGAGAGCCCUGUUAACCCGGAGCUGCAGAGGACUUCCCCAAGGACACUGGAGGAGAGGAGCUCCAUGGCACCUGAGCCAGGCCAAGUGCAGAGAUGGCAGAGCAAACCUCCAAAACAGGGGGAGAGCUUGGAGCUCCGGGAGGUGUUUGAAGAUGUGGCAGUGUAUUUCACACAGAUGGAGUGGGAGCUGCUGGAAGAUGAAGACAAGGUGCUUUACCAGGACCAGAUGCUGAGGAAUUUCCAAGCCCUUGUUUCCCUGGGACAUCAGGGUCCCACACCUGACUUAAUCCACCGCAUCCAGCGAGGACAGGUGGAGCUCUGGGUCUGCGAUGAUGAGGACAGUGGGGAAAUCUCAAGGUCAGAGGACCUGCUGCCAGGAGGUACCUGGCUCCUGAACGGAGCUGAGGAGGAGACUCCUGUGGAAGGGCCUGCAAACCUGGGGCCACCAUGGACUUCCCCAAGGAGUUUGGGUGAGAUGGACUCCUUGAGACAUGAGAAGGAACAAUGGCCCAGGAGUCAGGUGAGACCCCACAAGCAGAUGAAGAAUGUAGCAGUGAACCAGCACCAGCACGUCCACCUGGGGAGGAAGACACACCACUGCACUGAGUGCAGGAAGAAUUUCAUCUGCUGGCAAGACCUGUCCCAGCACCAGUGCAUACAGAGUGGGGAGCAACCACACCAUGGUACCAAGUGUGGGAAGAGCUUCAGACAGCCCUCCAACCUGGCUCAGCACCAGCAUAUCCAUACAGGGGAGAAGCCACAUCAGAGCUCAGUGUGUGGGAAGAGUUUUGACUUGUCUUCCAACCUGACCAAACACCGGCUCAUCCACAAACACAAGAAUCCACAUUGGUGCUUCGAGUGUGAGAAGAGCCUUACCUGCGCCUCUCACCUGGCCCGGCACCAGCUUAUCCACACAGGGGAGAAGCCAUAUCAGUGCUCAGUGUGUAGGAAGAGCUUCACCCGCUCCUCCCACCUUGUCCAGCAUCAGCUCAUCCACACAGGAGAGAAGCCACAUCGGUGCCCAGAGUGUGGUAAGAGCUUCACUCAAUCCUUCAGCCUGGUGGAGCACCAGCGUAUCCACACGGGAGAGAAGCCACAUCAGUGCUUGGAGUGUGGGAAGACCUUCAACCAUUCCACAACCCUGAGAAGACACCAGCUCAUCCACACAGGAAAGAAGCCGCAUCACUGCCCAGAGUGUGGGAAGAGUUUCACCCUACGUUCAGACCUGGCCCAGCACCAGCUUAUCCACACAGGGGAGAAACCACAUCAGUGCUCGGACUGUGGAAAGAGCUUCACCCGAUCCUCCCACCUUUUCCAGCACCAGCUCAUCCACAGAGAAGAGAAGCCACAUCAGUGCCUGGAGUGUGGUAAGAGCUUCACUCAUUCCUUCAGCCUGACUAAGCACCAGCGUAUCCACACGGGAGAGAAGCCACAUCAGUGCUUGGAGUGUGGGAAGACCUUCAACCAUUCCACAACCCUGAGAAGACACCAGCUCAUCCACACAGGAAAGAAGCCGCAUCACUGCCCAGAGUGUGGGAAGAGUUUCACCCUACGUUCAGACCUGGCCCAGCACCAGCUUAUCCACACAGGGGAGAAACCACAUCAGUGCUCGGACUGUGGAAAGAGCUUCACCCGAUCCUCCCACCUUUUCCAGCACCAGCUCAUCCACAGAGAAGAGAAGCCACAUCAGUGCCUGGAGUGUGGUAAGAGCUUCACUCGCUCCUCCAACCUGGCUCAGCACCAGCAUAUCCAUACAGGAGAGAAACCACAUCAGUGCUUGGAGUGUGGGAAGAGCUUCACUCGCUCCUCCAGCCUGGCUCAGCACCAGCGUAUUCACACAGCGGAAAAACCACACCAGCAAGGAUCUGGGUUUUCUGUUUCCCACGGAAAAAUGGAGAAAACCACGGGUUUCCCAUUUUUAGCAGAGAAAACACAGAUUUUUCCCUUCUAGCAAAGAAACCUGUGCAUUUCCCCUUUUUGCAAAGA